AUGGAAGAAGCUAAAAGGAAAUACAGCAAGCCUGAGAGAGUUACUACCCCAAACAGCAGUGAUUUCUUCCACCGGGAAGACAUCUUCAAUGUUAUCAAUAAAAAUGGAGGUAAUAUGUUCAAAGCGCAUCAUGAGCUUAACAGAAUGUUCUAUGAAGAUUAUUACAAAGAAAACAGACACUUCUUCCUUCUCCCCUCUCUUGGCCUGACAAUAUUCUCUGGUUUCAAUGUAAUGAGAUUUGGUGUCCUCACCAUGCCUGGAAAGGUAUUAUCAAUUGCUGGAUUGGGUUUCUUCGGCCUUUAUUCUAUGCAAACCUUCAAGCACUUCCUCACCUUCGGCGCGGCGAAGCCCGCGCAGGUUGAGGAAGUUCCUGAAGAGACUUCAUAA